UAAUCCUAAGCAGAGUCACAGAGACAAACUACAUACACAUGAAACUUCGUUCGAUAUACAGAUAUACAUAAGUCUAUUCAUUUGCAUAUGUCUAUCUUGCCGGGUGGACAGAAAUAGAGAUUUUUGAAAAAUUUAAAUUAAGUUUCUAAACAUUUAGAAAGCAGUAUGACCAAAUUUUGUGGUGCAGUAGUACUCCUCACUUUUCUGCUGUCAUGCUCCCCCAUUAAGGGAUACAGGGUACAGAUUCAGGAAAGCCCACCUCCAGCGAAACUCGUGGUCAACCUCUACUAUGAGAGCCUCUGUCCAGACUGUCAGGAUUUUAGCAGGCUCCAGCUCUGUCCUACCUGGGAGAAAAUGGGACAAUACUUCAACAUUGAAUUCAUCCCGUAUGGAAAUGCUCAGACGAACGUGUCCGCCAGUGGGGAGAUUACGAUAAGCUGCCAACACGGGGACAAAGAAUGUGCUGGAAAUCGCCUCCAUUCCUGCGCCCUUCACGUCCUGCAUUACAAGCUCUCCACCAAGUUCAUCUGCUGCAUGGAGUCUUCCAAGGACUUUGACAAGGCCGGACCAGAAUGCGCCAAGAAGCUUCACAUCGACUUCAAGGCUCUCAAAACGUGUGCCGACAGUUCGGAGGGGAACUACCUUCACUACUUGAAUGGCGUCCAGACCUCGAAACUCGACCCUCCGCACGAGUGGGUCCCCUGGAUCCUGUUCAACUCCAAGUACAACAAGGAUGACAUGGCCAAGGCGCAGGAUGACCUCGUCUCCGUCCUCUGCGAAUACCUCGCCGAUCCCAAACCCAGAGAGUGCAAUGAAAUAUUUUAAUAAGUAUGCAAAUAAGGGAUACUUUUACUACUCAUUCUUGUAAUUGUAGUCAGACUGUAAAAAUAAUAGUUUCUCAUUUAUUUCAUUUCAUUUCGGAUUAUAAUUCAAUCAGACUGAAAAUGAUGUUCUUGUUUUUGUUAAUUUUCCAGUUUAAAAGUCUCAUUUCUUUUCAUACAACCGAAUGCCAAACAAGUUGGCUGCUUUCAUUUCAAUUACAAUUUUGUCACAUCCUAAUGUAUAGUUUACAUACACUGACAAUGGGCCCUCUUUUCAUGCUACACCCGAAUAGCUUAACGAGUUGUAGGAAAAAAAUCUAGCCACAAAUUUUCAUACUUAUGUUUCCGUUGAAUGGUCAGUUUGAGGUAAUAUAUUUCCGGUCAAAGUUCAUGGUUCCGUCCUGUUUUCGUUUUGAGAUAUUUAAAAACAGUGCGGAACCGUGAACUUUCCACCUGAACAUAUGACCUCAAAUUGACAUUUCAACGGAAAGAUACAUUAGUACGACGUGAUUUCUAAUUUUAGGCUUAAUUUUUUCCUACAACUCGUUAAGCCAUUUGGGUCUAGCUUGAAAAAAGGUUCCAUUGUGAGACAAUUUAUACUACAGAAGAGUAUGUAGAGUGCAAUAAUAAAUAAAUACUACGGCUAA